AUGGCGGAUACACCUGAAAGUACGUCCACCUCUUUGGCGAAUCCCUUCACAUCGGGCGGCGGUCAAGGUCAAGAGAAGGAGAACAUUUCCUUUGCUGCGUUCGUCGCGUCGCUCGCCACCGCCCUUGUGGUCUUUUCCAUCGAAUUGCUGGCCUUUUUUAUCCUCAAAGGGCGCUUCGCAAGAAUCUAUGCGCCGAGAACAUUUCUCGUUCCGAAACGAGAACGAAUAGCGGCAGCCCCAUCGGGACUGAUACGAUGGAUCAUACCAGUCCUCAAAACCUCCAACUCGGAAUUCAUCCACAAAUGCGGCCUCGACGCAUAUCUCUUCCUACGAUAUCUGCGGAUGCUUCUGAAGAUAUUCCUUCCCCUCGCUCUAGUCAUCCUCCCCAUCCUUCUACCGCUCAACAGCAUCGGUACCCACACCGAAAACACUUCUGGGAUGGACCUCUUUGGCUGGCAGAAUGUUGGCCGGACCGAAUACAAACGAUUCUGGGCCCACCUGUGCCUUGCCAUUCUCGUCAUUAUUUACGUCUGUUACACCUUCUAUGACGAGCUGCGGAAAUAUGUUCGGCUGCGCCAAGCGUAUUUGACGUCCCCGCAGCAUCGGUUACGGGCGUCGGCUACAACGGUUCUCGUCAGCAAUAUCCCUCACAAGUGGCUCACCGAGGAUGCUCUGGGCGCCCUGUACGAUGUGUUCCCAGGAGGCGUCCGUAACAUCUGGAUCAAUCGGAACUUCGACGAACUAUCGGAAAAGGUGGCCAUGCGUGACAAGUAUGCGAAGAUCCUGGAGUCCGCCGAGACGGUCUUGAUCCAGACUUGCGUGAAGAAGCACGCCAAAAUAAAGGCAAAGGAGCUGAAGGCCGCCGGCGUGAAGAGGUCCCGAUCGCAGAGGAAGCGCGAUCGCGAGGCCGAAGAUGCACAGGAACAACGAGCCGCGACUCAUAGCGAGGGUAUCAGUGCCGGAAACCCGCAUCAGAUCCCAGAAUCCAUCGAAGACGCCGUGCGGGACGGUAUGCUGGAUCCGGGCGAACAGAAGACGGAAAAAGAACGCAAACUGAAGGCUGUGCCGGUUAUUGGCGAAGGGCUUAACGCCAUUGGGCGUGGGUUUGAAACGGUCGGGCGUGGAUUCGGCAAAGCGGGCGGUGUCGUCUUCGCAGGUCUAAAACGCGGGGGAAAAGGACCAACAAAUGCUGAGGACAACCCCUAUCGAGAAUCCUAUGACCUGGAUGAUGAGGGUUAUUCCGUACGAUAUGCCUCGUCUGAUCGCCCUUUGAGAUCUCAGGAUGGCUCGGAUCCACAUCGUGACGGCUUGGGACAAGAUGGCGUUGAUGAGCCGGAAAAGCAGGGCCGUCCGUCGGAAGCCACUGUGGUCGAUCCGCAUGCCGACGCCUCUGAUUUUGGUACGCAUGCAAGGGCACCGACAAGGACUAAUCCGAGUUUGAACGAGAAGGAUCUGCCCAAGACGACGAUGAAGCGACGAGUCACGACAUAUCCAACGGCCUACGAUGCUCUUUACGAUCCCACCGAUCACCCGGAGGUCGACAUCGACGCCGCAUGGAGGAAGUACCUGAAACCCAAAGACCGCGAGACGAUGCGACUUCCCUUGUUCAACAAGACGUGGUGCCCGUCCAUCCCUCUCCUGGGCAAGAAAGUCGAUACCAUCUACUACGCCCGCCGGCGACUGGCACAAUUAAACGCCGAGAUCGAAAAGGAUCAGCAACACCCGGAGGACUUUCCCAAGAUGAGUUCCGCUUUCAUCCAGUUCAAUCAUCAAGUCGCCGCACAUAUGGCUUGUCAAGCGCUUAGCCACCACAUCCCGAAACAUAUGGCUCCCCGCGUGGUCGAGAUUGCUCCCAAAGAUGUCAUAUGGGACAACCUGAGCGUGAAGUGGUGGGAGGGGAUGAUCCGAACCGGCAUCGUCAUCGUCUCGAUUGUUGGGAUUAUCAUCGCCUGGGCGUUGCCCAUUUCCGUGACCGGUCUGUUGUCGCAAGUCAACUACCUCACCGAAACCUUCAAAUUCCUGAAUUGGAUGAACGAUCUGCCGAAAACCGUUAUUUCCAUCAUCCAAGGUAUCCUCCCGCCGCUGUUCUUGGCGAUCCUCCUCGCGCUAUUGCCCGUCAUCCUUCGUCUACUCGCCCGCCUCCAAGGCAUCCAGACCGGGAUGCAGAUCGAGCAGACGGUCCAGAACUAUUACUUCGCAUUCUUGUUUAUCCAAGUCUUCCUGAUCGUUUCUAUCUCGUCCAGCAUCGGUGCCACGGUCGAGGCCCUGAUAUCGAAUCCGCUGUCGGUUCCGCAAACCCUAGCGAGCAACUUGCCGAAGUCGUCCAACUACUUCUUCUCCUACAUGAUCCUCCAAGCAUUGACUGUCAGCGCUGGUGCGCUGAUGCAAAUCGGCGGGCUCAUACAAUUCUUUCUGCUUGCCCCGAUCCUCGAUUCCACCGCACGACAGAAAUGGCAGAGGCAACUCCAGUUAACCAAGGUACCCUGGGGAACGUUCUUCCCCGUCUAUACCAAUCUUGCUGCCAUUGGAAUCAUCUAUUCCGUCAUCUCUCCGCUCAUUCUCGUGUUCAACAUCAUCACGUUCAGCCUGUUCUGGAUUGUGUACCGCUACCAGACGUUGUACGUCUUCCGCUUCGAACUCGAUACCGGCGGCCUACUUUUCCCUCGUGCGGUCAAUCAGCUCUUCACCGGUGUCUACGUCAUGGAACUGUGCCUCGUCGGUCUUUUCCUUCUUGCACAGACCCCAGAUAAUAAUCCUGCUUGCCUUCCUCAGGCGAUCAUCAUGGUCGUGUUCCUGGCCCUCACGAUCCUCUACCAGUAUCUCCUAAAUGAUGCGUUUGGGCCGUUAUUCCGAUAUAUACCGAUCACCAUGGAAGAUGAUGCGGUUCGACGUGAUGAGGAGUUUGAGCGUGCCAACGGUCAGCGCUGGGAGCUGGAUGUGGACGAAACCGUAGAGGACAACAUCCAAGUCGUCUUGGAACAGCGUGAAAGGAAUGAGGAGCAGGAAGAUAAGGCUGCGGAAGCGAUCGAGCUUGCUCAGAUCGAGAAAAGAAAGUCGGGCCACACUCUCGACCCACUCGGUCGUCCCAUUUCACUGUCUCCUGGUGAAUAUGACGGGCAUGACGAGAAAGAGACGGGUGGCGUCAGCUCGCACCCCGACGGCCCGCGGAAUACCACCUCUAAGCCUUUCAAACCCACCACCUGGGGAUCGCACCCGACUCGCAAGUCUUGGGCCGAUCGGUCCGACCCGCAAAACCGUCGACUCUCGCACCAUGCCGAGACCGCCCAGAUGCCGGCCUUCCUCGGCCGCCGCCCCCGCGGCCUCCGCCUCCCCACUCCCCCGAACCCCGACGAGCCCCCCUCCCGCCACGAACCCCCUUCCCGCCGCGGACCUGGCGGUUUCAUCGAGGGCGCCAUCGACGGCGCCAUCGGCGGCACCAACAAAGCCCUCAAAACGGUCCUCGGCAACGACGGCGCCAGCGGACGGCCCCUCGGCACCGGCGCCAUCGACAUCGAAGCGCAAGGCCCCGACUCGGGCAAGAAGUCGCGCAUCGACGCGAUCGGCGACCUCAUCUACGGCAACUACGACACGGCGUUAGAGGACAUGACGCCGGAGGAGCGGGACAAGCUGGUGAACUACGCGUUCCGGCACAAGGCGCUGCGGGCGGUGCGGCCGUGCGUGUGGGUGCCGCGCGACGGGCUGGGGGUGGCGGACGACGAGAUCCGGCGCACGCAGCGGCUGAGCCAGGAGUAUAUCUGGAUCAGCAACGAGCGGGCGCGGGUGGACAAGGUGGGGAACGUGCGGUUUGGGGGGGCACCGCCAGAUCAAAGCCCGGUGGAUAUGAUUCAGUUGUAGAUACCCUUGGAGCGUUACAUCGCGACGUUA